UUCCCUUGACAUCCGUAACCCAGCAGGCGAGUUUUUUAUUGACAAAACAUUUGCUGGGAUACCAAAGUCAAGUCCUACACAUAUUUUGUAUAUCAAACACGACCUGUUUGUAUUCCCCUAUCGGACCUUACACACUUCAGCACCAAAUUCGAUUGAUAAACGAGGAACGGAGGUUCUUCUCGGCCAGCAAGAUGAUCCAGUAUGAUACGGUUGUGGUUAAGAAUGUGUCCUGGCAGCCGGACCUCCAUACGGAGGGCACCUAUGUGUGCCCCUUUCCGGAGCCACCGAUGCCAGAGCCCGAUCUGCGGGCGGGCAACUGGCACGGCCAUCUGGAGCCAUACCAGCGGCUCUUCUACCAUCAGACUAUGAACUCUGUGCGUGCCAGCAAGCGCUAUCGUGCUAAUCCAACCAUCCCAAAGGAUACGCUGGACUUUCAGUUGCAGUCACGUUACGACCAUACCCGUGAGGCCUUUCCGGAUAAGGUUGACUAUGUGAUGCAGCGGGAGACGUGCCGGGCAAUUACUAGUUGGUCGGCACCUGGAGCAGCCAAGGAGAUAGGUGCGCAACACAAGUCGUUCCGGGUGCUACGGAACACACGUAUGAUUCGCCGUAUGCAGGAGGACGCUUUGGGUCAUCCAUUACGCAUUGGUGGUUGCAAGGAGAAGAUUCAUCCGCACAGCACCAAGCUGAUAUGCAGUGGCGUCCACAACCAGUUGGUCAACAAUGGGUUCUCGCGACAGACCUCCGACGGCAACUUCUUCCGCUACUAGGCACACUUUUGCCUUACUUUACUUUAGUUGAUUUUAAUUUUGGAUUCAUGAAUAAAUUUGUGGCUAGGAGCAGUUGUCACGCAGUCGCCUCCA